CAACACACUUCCUCUGUGAAGUGGCUGGGAGGACGCACUGUGCGCUCGACUCAAACAGCAUGGGGGACCUUCAGCAAUUGGAGCAGGACUUCUACCAGACCAGAUAUUACGUAGAUGACCAGGGUCACACCGUGGCCCACUGCGAUGCCUACGACUCCUCAAACCCUGCUUUUUACGAUUAUGGAGCACAAGCUUUUGUGUUGGAGGCUCUGGAACCCGUCAUGGAGCAGCAGUCCACCGGACAAUUCUUCCAACCUGCAACGCCCUCUGGGCCUGCUGUUAGCCCAGGAGCAGAUUAUCCUGAAGAGGAACCGACGCUUCUUGAGGAGCUCGGCAUCAAUUUUGAUCACAUCUGGCAGAAGACACUGACCGUGUUGAACCCUUUAAAGCCUGCAGACGGCAGCAUUAUGAACGAGACCGAUCUGAUCGGUCCCGUCCUCUUCUGCGUUGGACUGGGGGUCACUUUAAUGAUGGCCGGUAAAGCCCACUUUGGUUAUGUGUAUGGGGUCAGUGCGACGGCCUGUAUUGGGAUGUACAUUCUGCUGAGUCUGAUGAGUUCUCUGGCAGUGUCUUAUGGCUGUGUGGCCAGUGUGCUGGGCUACUGCCUCUUGCCCAUGGUGGGCCUCUCUACAAUCGCCGUCUUCUACUCUUUGCAAGGCAUCCUGGGGACAGUUCUGGCCUUGUUUGGAAUUUGUUGGUGUAGCCUCUCUGCCUCCAAGAUCUUCAUCUCCACUCUGGCCAUGGAGGGCCAACAGCUGCUGGUGGCGUACCCCUGCGCCCUGCUCUAUGGGCUCUUUGCGUUAGUCACCGUAUUCUAAUAAUCACCAGAUUAAACCCGGGAGGAACAUCUUUAUGAUUCUAGCAACAACCUUUUUUAUUUGUAGCAGUAAUGUCAAAAUGAGGACAUGUUGUGUAUCCGAGCGACUUCGGGUGUCUUGAGAAGCGCUAUAUAAAAUAAAUGAUUAUUAUUAUUAUCCGGGUCUAUUUGAGUGCUGAGGUAAAAAAAAGAAGGUAAUUUAGAAAAACCGUUGCUAUGAUCUUUUGCCAUCAGAUGAAAUCACCAUCAAACCUCUUGAGUUCAAAGAAAACUCUACACACUCUGGACAUUAAAUAAGUGAUUGCAUGUUCAUCACUCUGCACUACUGAGGUUAUUAAUAUCAUUUACUGAGCUUUGAGGAUUUAAAAAAAAUAAUCAUUUUGAAAUUGGGUCCAGGUAUUUGAAAUAUGAAAUGGAGCUUCAUUCUUUGGUUUCAUUGUGUCGUUUUAUUUAGUGAAGCUUUAUUUAAUACUUACAUUGUUGUCUUAUGAUCUACAACAAGACCUCAAUGCCUUGCAUGGCAUUCAUUCUGUCAUCACAUAUCCCCAUGAAUAAAUAUAUACACAUGUAAUAAGUGUA